CAUCUUUCUAUUUGCAUCACCAACAACAAGAAUCCACACAAACCCAUCUACCAACUCUGUCUGCUCCCCCUUGAUUCUCAUCUCUAAAAUGGCAGCUUCAUCUUCCUACAGUGGGCUUCCAAUGCUACUGUUGCUCACUCUAGUGGUUCUGAGCUCUUUAAUGGCUGCCCAUGGCGGCAACUUCUACCAGGACUUUGACUUAACCUGGGGUGAUCACAGAGCCAAGAUCAUGAAUGGCGGCCAGCUUCUUUCUCUGUCCCUGGACAGGGCCUCUGGCUCUGGAUUCCGAUCAAAGAGGGAGUAUUUGUUGGGGAGGAUUGACAUGCAAAUCAAACUUGUUGCCGGCAACUCCGCCGGCACUGUUACUGCCUACUAUUUGUCUUCUCAAGGGCCAACGCAUGAUGAGAUAGACUUUGAGUUCUUGGGGAACCUAAGUGGUGAUCCUUACGUGCUCCACACCAAUGUGUUCACUCAGGGGAAGGGCAACAGGGAGCAGCAGUUCUAUCUCUGGUUUGACCCCACCAAGAAUUUUCACACCUACUCAGUCGUCUGGAACCAACUUAACAUCAUCUUCUUGGUGGAUAACACUCCCAUAAGAGUAUUCAAGAAUGCUGAAUCAAUUGGCGUCCCUUUCCCUAAGAACCAGGCCAUGAGGAUCUACUCCAGCCUAUGGAACGCCGACGACUGGGCGACGCAAGGCGGCCGGGUGAAAACUGAUUGGACUAAAGCACCCUUCACAGCAACGUACAAGAACUUCAAUGCCCAGACCUGUUCUGGGACAUCUUGCACUUCCAGCUCUUCUUCCUUCUCAGAUGGGGCAUGGAAGAGCCAGCAACUCGACGCCUAUAGCCUCAGAAGACUGAGGUGGGUUCAGAAGAAUUACAUGAUUUACAAUUACUGCACCGAUUUGAAACGCUUCCCUCAAGGCCCUCCCCCUGAAUGCAGACUAUGAAGUUUCCCCUGAAGAAAUGGCCCUUCCACUGAAACUGUGUAAAAUAUUAUAAUCACCUGUGAAAACUCUGUUUUGGCUCUGUUUGCCCUGAAGUUCCAUGUGUUACACGAUCUCAAAUAAAAUGCAAUUACUUGUUUUUACUAA